UGUCUGCGAAGGAGAAAGGGAUGUUUCCAGGUGUUGAACAUCAAGAAUUCUAAACUUUGCUAAAAUGGCAAGUGUAGAGAAACAAGAAAGAGUUGGGGCCAAACUUUAACCAUUGUCUUUUUUAAAGCCCAUUCGGGGAUGUGAGGCCCAGAGAGCCCAGUCCCACAGAUCAAUAGGCAGCAAUGGAGCCAGGAGUGACACUCCCUCUCAAAGCCAGGGGGAGCGGACACUAGGGCCUGGUUGCAAUUGCCAGCUGUGGGAGGGAGUGUGCAGCAGUGGUUAGCGAAGGGCUCCAUCCAUGGCUCUGACACUCGGUGUGACCCUGAGGCGGUAGCUGAGGCCCGUUUGCCAUCAGUAGGGUCGGGGUCCCACGGCUACAGCCCAGGGGGGUUGGGAGGCUCCAGGAAGGUGUGUAAAGUGCUGGCAUGUCAGGAUCCUGGAGCCGCUGUCACCCCCACACUAGGGCAGUGUUCUGCACCCCGCUGCUGCUGGCUGACUUUCUCCGGCCCCUGGCAAUAAGACAGACUCUUGUUUUUACAGCCACUCAAUCGCCUUCGAGCCAUCACCCUGCCUGCUGGCUGGGCAGGGAACUCCUCAAGUCCCCACCCUCUCCAGCCUGCCUUGGGCUUGGAGAGUGAGGAGGAGGGCGAGGGACGUCUGCUGACCCUGACCAUCCGCCAUCCGUCGUACCAGCACCCAGAGCAAGAUGGCCAGGCUCCUGCGCAGGUUCAGGAGGAAGGCUCUGCAGGUGGCCCCAGAGCCUUCGGGAAGGAGCGGCCAUCUUCCCAAGGGGCAGAGCCACCUCUCCAUCCCCGCAGGUGGGGAAGCAGCUCCCAUGCAGGCCAGAAGGCGGAAGUUCCCAGCCUUCUGGAGAACAAGGCCAGCUCCCGGCGCAGGCGCCGAGCUGGGAGAGGCCCCGACCAAGCCCAGGUGCAGCUGGCUCAGGAUGAGGUUUUGCGGACAGGACCCAGCCCAGGAGGGGCGCCGGGCAGGGAGGCUCUGGGGCCUGUUAUGUGGGCAGCAGCGGCCCCAGGAGCCCAGCCCUCAUUCCCAGCAGGGGGCAUCGCCCUGCCCGGGCUCUGAGGAUCUUUCAGCCCCCUCAGACCAGGAGGUGGAAGAUCCCAGCACCAGCACCAUCGGCUCAGCACGGGACAGCAGCAGUGCCUGGGGCUCCAGCAGCAGCGACGCCUCUGGACGCUGCUGCGUUGUUCCAGGGACCCCCACGGAGUCAGCGGCGGAGGAAUGGCUGGAGAUGUCCACAGAGGAAGCUGCUCUCAAGGUCAUCAGAGAGCAGCUCCAGGGCAGAGACAAGGAUGAGGGGCAGCAGCUCAGGUUCCUGCGGGCCAUCUACCCCGCGUGUCUUGCUGCACAGGACAGAGGGCAGGACACGCUGGAGCCGCACUGCUGCAAGGCGGCUGUGGUGGAGAGGAUUGUGGAGCUCAUUGAGGAGCUUCCUAAAGACUCUCCACCCAGCGCCAUCCUUGCCAGCUGCCUGGCUGCUGUGGGCAACCUCAGCACCAUGAAACCAGCCCUUGAGCCUGAGCUAGAGUCCCGCCUCUUGCGAGCUGCCCUUGGCUCGGUCUUCUCCCUGGGCACGGAGACGGACGCCACCGACAUCCAGGCUCUGCACAAAGUCACACCAGAGCUCCUGGAUGCCGUGCUGGGGAACCUGCUGGCAGAGUCCCCAGACACAGACAGGCUCCACUUCAUCUUGGAGCAUGUCAACCGCUGGAUCGUGUCCAGGGUGCCCCAGGAGAGAGCCAGGGCCAUUAAGAGCAGCACGGCCCUGCUGAGAUUUGCAGUCACCCUCCCCGAGUUUGACAUCUCAGCAGAGUUCCCUAGGCUGGGUCAGCACGUGGCCCAGCUGGCUCUGUUUGUGAGUUACCCAGACGAGGACAUCAGCCAGCAGGCCAUGGAGGGGACUUACCGGCUGUACCAGCUGCUGCUCGAACAGAGGGGGCUGAGCAUACACGAGGUGGAGGAUCUGUGGUGCCACGACUGGUACUCAGACAGCAGGCUCCUGGGCUAUAAAAACACAGCCAGGGUGGGGGAGGUCUUUGGAAAAUUCUUCUCUGCGGGGCAGAGAAAAGACUUCCUUGAGACAGCAAUACCGGCGAUCCACAACCCCCUGCUGGGCAUUAGCCAGGCUGGGCUUCUCCUCACAUACGCCAUCCUGGGGGAAGCCGAGCAACUGCUGGGGGACACGCUGGAGGACAUCACCGCCAAGCUGAUGGGUCAGCUCCGCAGCAUCCAGCAGCUGCACCAGGUGCCUGAGGUGCUGCAAGGGCUGGGCCUCAUCUGAUGCCCUCCCAUGUUCAGCAACUCCCGCUCCCUGCUGCAGAACUGGUCCAAGUUCCCCCGGAUAUGGCACCUCGUGGCACAGCUGGGUCUCUACACCAAAACCCAGCAAAGGACAUCAGCUGGCAGGCCAGGGAGGAGAUCUACCAGCUGUACCAGCUGCUGUUGCACUGGAGCAGCAAGGAAUCCCAGCUGUGCAUUGGGACCCUAUAGACACGAGCCCCCUCAUCUGAGACUGACUCCAGCUAGAUGAUGAGUUCAUCUCUUCCCUCUGCAUUAGGGGCGAAUGUGAGGAAAAGUGCUAUUGAAACCAGGUCUCUUACCCCAGAGCCCAUCUCUGUCCCCCCACCCUGGGGAAAUGACCUCCCCCCAGGUCUGCCAGCUGGGCAGAGGGCAGGAAAGGAGCUGCUGAGAGACAUGGAGGAAAAGGAGCCAAAGUGAAGGGAGGGGGCAGUAGCAUGGGCACAGUGUAGGGACACCAGGCUGGGGGUGGUGCCAAUUGGUACUGAGGGCCAGAGCCUGAUCAUAGUGGGAGCAGGAGGGUUCAGCAUUUGGCCCCAUCAUUCUAGGGAGCCAAUCCCAGAGCCUAAAGACUGUAGGGGCCACAUGAUUCCUGUGACGGACAGACUAGACCCCCCUGGAUACUCCACCCCUGGAAGGAGCCUUGCUCUUCCAUUGGGCCAUGAAUGCAGCAAAGGACCCGAUCACUGAGCUGCCACCAAUGGGAAUGGAAGGAAACAGGCACCAAAACUGGAACGACAAAUCAGAUCCAUGUCUCUCUAUCCCCCAGGGCUGAGCAUCCAAGAGGCCGGAGAGCUGUGGAGCAAGGACGGGCUCCAGGAGACCCAGCUCCUGACCUACAUGAACAUGGCCAGGGUGGGGCAGGUGAGGGCACUUAGCCAGGGAAUUGCAUGAGCUCAGCACAGGAGCUCCCUGCAGCAGCUGCAUCCUGGAUCCAGGACAAGAGCUUGCUACUCAUUCCCAGCAUGUGGAGUUCCUCUUUCAGCCCUAGUCAUAAAGACAGUCCUUUGGAGGAUGAGUUAACACAGGAUUGUACGUCUAGGGACUCGGGUCCCAGCGCUGUCUCCCUGGCUGAUACCCGAGUGUCUGAGUAGGGAGUCAUUACUGUCCCAUAGGAAAGGCUCAUGGGAAUGGGACCUGACAGAGUCACCUUGCCCUUGUCAAAUUGAAGUGUGGAACAAACCCAUGAGCUGCAGAUGCCAGACCAUUACUGGAGAAAUUACUCAUGGAAGGGCACUCAAAUCUUGGGCUGUCGGCUCCAAAAGCCCCAGGCCUCUAGUGAUUGAGCUCCAGGAGAUCUUACUCCUGGGAGCAGUGGUAAGUCCCAUAUGGUCUCUGUGAGCUACACUCUGGAGCAUGCCAUGCUCUCACACAGAUACAUUCCUAAUAUGGCAUGGGCCUUGCAGUGAGUCCUGCUCCAUAAAGAGCCAUUAGAGCCUUUUGUAACCUCUGGGCCCAGGACCUGUCAAUGAAGGGUCUUCCCUGAGUCCUGGGACCCCAAAGAGCCUCCAGGAUGUGAUGUUUAGAUGCUGCUUGUAUUAUUAGAACUGGGAGCACUGGCUGUUGGGAGUCUGAAAGGACGGGAAACAGGAAGGAGGGGGGAGGAGUUGAGGAGGCAGAGUGAGCGUUACAGAGGGUGCAGCAGCAGAUUGGUAAAGAGGUUUCGACUGUAAAAAUAAAGUCCUGUUGAAGUUUGUUAGUACCUUGCCUAGUUGAUACAACACAGGAGAAUUAGCUGCCUUGGCCACAGUGGAACUCUACAUGUCCUAUAAGGAAGCUAUGGGGUGAAACCCUUCCAUCUUGAGGAUGUGAAGCAGAGCUCUGGGCAUACCUAGAGAAGGUGUCCUGGGACCUGGACAAUGUUGUUUCCUGCAGGAUGUUUCAACAAUAACCAUAAGUAAAGAUCAUGUCUUUUAUACAUCUUCACUGAUACCCUUUUCUGCUUUUCAACUCUACUUGCUCCAGGACAAACCAACCCCUCAUCUCCCAGACUCCUGAUUGCCUGCCAUAUGAUAGCAGAAUGAUAUGCAUGCUUUGCCCCCACCCCCACUAUUUUCGUAGGGGAAUCUCCCUAGAGUAGUGGAGAAAUGUUCUCUCCUCAUAGAACUAAUC